CACACAGAGAGAGAAAGAGAGAGAUCGGCCCCUCGCAGGAUUAAGUUGGAUCGAAAAGGAUUACAAUCUGCUCUUCCGGUGACAUUUCAUAGUAAAAACACUCGUAUUUGUAAGCCAGAGGCAACACAUCACUUGAAGCACAGAUGACAAGAUGCUCCGCAGCCACCUGGUCUGAACGUGGGAUGUAGAAAGUAUUGUGGGGAUUGGAAGAGCAGUUUAAGGAGGAAUAUUGCACUGCAGUGGAGCUUGAUAUGCGGCAGUCAAUGGAGGCGGAGCCAAUGACACAAUCUAACCAUAAUGACAUUGAUGUAAGUCUGGCUCAGAUCUUGACAGAAGUGGUAGAGGAAGUGCGAUUGUCCAUAGACAGAGAUAUUAAUGGUGCUGAUCUUCUGUACAGUCUACUCAGUGCACCCUGGCUAUACUCUCUUCUUAGGGUAUAUGAGUGUCUUGUCCAAUACAGUCAAGAUGUCCCAAUCCCACACCUGCCUUAUUCCUCAAGACUAUCCCAAGAGAUUCUGUCCAGUGUACAAAGACUGGCUACCCCUUCUCCUCAUGCACAAGAGCUAGAAGUUUUGCUGAGAAACCCUCAUAUGCAGGCUUUGCUCUCUGCCCAUGACUCUGUGGCUCAGAGAGACUACGGUCCAGUGCUGCCUCCUCUUCCUGAUGAAUUGCCUGCAGAUGAGGAAGUCAUGAGGAUCGUUUGCCUUGUGAAGAACAAACAGCAUCUGGGGGCGACAAUUAAAAAGGAUGAGAAAACAGGGAACAUCUUAAUUGCAAGGGUGAUACAUGGAGGACUAGCAGAUCGCAGUGGACUCCUUCAUCCUGGUGAUAAGCUAAUGGAGGUGAAUGGAUGCCCAGUAUAUGGACUGGAACCUGAGCAGGUCAUCCAGAUUUUGGUACAUUCCCAAGGAAAUAUUAUUUUUAAAGUGAUCCCUAAUUCGCCACAACCCACCAACAGCCAAGCAACUCUGUAUGUGAGAGCAAUGAUGGAUUACAGUCCUCAGCAGGACCCUUCAACCCCCUGUCCAGAUGCAGGCAUGGCCUUCAGUAAAGGUGACCUGCUGGAGAUUGUAGACCAGAGGGACAUCCGGUGGUGGCAAGCCAGGAAACUCCACAGUGCCUCAUCUUAUGCUGGCCUCAUCCCUUCCAAUAACCAUUUCAGACACAAGCAAAGGGAGCUGUGGUGGUCACAACCUUAUCAAGCUCAUACCUGCAUCAGGCCUUUGAGUGCAGCUGAUGUUGGGGAAGAUGAGGAAACUGAUGAUAACAGAUGCACAGAUGAAGACGCCUUUGAGUCGGUUUCAGAAGAGGGUGAGAAUGGUGAACGCAUGCAGGGUUUAUACAUUGCGGGCUUCCGGCACAGUCUGCGUGUGUGGAGAAAAUCAUACAGCAAACAAAAGCCGUCAUGUCAUUCCUGCAGUGCCACCUCAGCCAACCUUUAUGAAGAGGUGUUAAACUACCAGCGCCACAUAGACGAUCCUCCCCGUCUCAUAGUGCUCAUGGGUCCAUCAGGAGUUGGGGUAAAUGAACUACGCAGAAGGUUAAUCAAAAUAAACCCAAAUACUUUCCAAGGACCAAUAUCCCACACGACACGACUCCCAAACCAUGGAGAAAUGAAUGGGCGUGAAUAUCACUUUGUCACAAAGGAAGUGUUUGCCCAUAUGGUCGUCAAUCAUAAAUUUCUGGAGUAUGGAGAACAUAUAGGCCACAUGUAUGGUACCAGCAUAGACUCUGUCAAAGAUGUUUUGGACAGCGGAAAAAUAUGUGUUAUUGACCUUGAACCUCAUUGCAUUCAUUCAGUGAGAACCAAGAAGUUGAAGCCAUACUUCAUAUUUGUGAAGCCCCCAUCUCCUGAAUGCAUGAAGCAAACAAGAAAAGACCCAAAUUUUGUUGUCUACAGCUACAUCAAGAGAUCUUUCACGGACAAAGACUUUGAGGAGAUUGAGGAAGCAAGCAAGGUCAUGCAGGCUAAGUACAGUCAGUUCUUCGACUGCGUGAUUGUGAACAAUGACUUGCAAGAUUCAUGCAUGGAUCUGUUCACAGCUAUACAACACGCUCAAGAAGAACCACAGUGGAUUCCUGCCAGCUGGGUGACGUCUGAUGAACUCUGAGUCAUACACGGACAAACAGAAAUACAAAGGCUAACUGAAAAAACUCAAUCUUAUUAGUAGUGGAUGGGAAUGUUUGAAUUGCUAGAUGGAAUGUAAGGGAAUGGAUUUAUAAUCUGAUAUUAAUUUAUAAUAUAUAAAUAUAAUCUGAUGUACCUCAAAUGUACACAUUGGUACUGAGGUACAUAGUGGUACAUAUCUGUACUGGACUUGUACAUAUUAGGACUUUUUUAAAAGGUACCAUUUUAGAGUGUAGAUAUAUAUAAAAAACUACAUAUAAAUACAUGAAGCUUUUUGAAUGGUUAUUAUAUAAGAUCUAUACUGCAGGGUUUUUUUGUGAUUUUCAUUGUUUUUACUUUUAUUAUCUACAAGCAUGUUUACAUAAAAGCUGUC